GCUCCCGCCACAUUUGGAGGCUGCCGUUCUUAUUAACCUCUUUGCCGUCGCUAGGACGUAUUCUCAACAAUACUCUCGUAUAUUUACCUCGUACAAAUACAUAUCCACUAUACGACAAGAUAUACAACUCAAACGAAAGUCACAUACUCUAUAGUGUGUGCUCUUACUUAUUACUACGACUCUUCCUACUUGAGGAAAACCGCACAGUACGAGCUAUACACUAAAAAUCGGCCAAUACCGACAAGAUGACGGCUCUACCUUAUGCCGUGGACGCGGAAAGCCCGCUGAAGGACGCGGAACUCCAAACGUUGCGCGCACAAUAUGAGAAAGAGGGUGAGAUGGCCGGUAUCCAAACGAAAUUCAACUAUGCAUGGGGCCUAAUCAAGUCGAAUACUCGAAGCGAUCAACAGCUAGGUGUACGUCUCCUCUCGGAUAUAUUUCGAGUGUCGCCCGACCGCCGACGUGAAUGUCUCUACUACUUAGCACUAGCCAACUUCAAGCUUGGAAACUAUGGCGAGGCAAGACGCUAUAAUGAUUUGCUGCUGGAUAAGGAACCUGCCAAUCAUCAGGCGGCAGACCUGCGCAGAUUGAUCGACGACAAGGUAACAAAAGAGGGCCUAAUGGGUGUUGCGAUCAUAAGCGGUUUCGCUAUUGCGGCUGGCGUAGUUGGCGGAAUCCUGUUCCGCGGCAAGAAGCGGUAGAAGCUUGGCGGAAGCCUCCGUAGGGAAAACUCGGUAACAUGAUAGAUCAGCGUUAGAGGUUGCUAUUGCGGUUAUAUUGAACUGAUGACGUUGUAACGGCUGGUCUAGGGGAGCCGUAUCCCUAUCAAUACAAAUUAUGGUAGUCUGCCUAAGACGCAGGUGUAAUCCUAGACUGUCGAGGUAAGGGAACGGUUUUACUGAAGCACUGGUGUUUGGGAUCUAGCGUCGUGGCAUUAUGCUAGAGUGCGAGUAUGUAGAUUUAUAUAUAUAAAUCACUCAACUCUACUUUUGAUUGGUGUCAAAUUCAUCUCCCAUACAAAGAGGAAUUGGUAGCUGGCGUAGUGUUGGUGUUGAUGAUAUCCCGACGACCUCGCGUGACCAUUUCAACAGAAUGUGACCAACUAUAAGGGGUUAAAAAUUUAGAAAUUACCUUAGGUACCCGUACCUCAUUUGAACUUGACUCACUGGCAACCAAGCAUUACAAGUAAAAGAUCUAAAUAAAUCAGUACAGUAUUUUAAGCAAACAAACAACCUUGAAUUCUGAAGACGC